AUGGCAGCGAGACUUGAGUUCAGCAUCGACGCAUUGAGGUACCCGGUCGACGUCGACCAACAGGCGAAUGAUACACAAUCGGAGGUGACAACAGCACUCCCUACCGCGGACACAGACACGGAUGUCCCGGAGGGUUAUCUCCCCGAGGACUACAAGAUCUUCGCAGUAUUGCGCGACUUCCUACAACCAGAAACCGGCAUCACCCUCCAAAAAGCCGUCGAGACAACCCUCCACAUCUUCCCGGACGGGCAGACGGACCACAUGAGGCCCGUCAACACGGUGUGUCUGGAACUCGGCCGGCAGAUCCCCUACCAUCACCCGUCGCAGCUCAAGCUGGCGCGGUUCCUGUGGCUCUUUUGUCGGAUCAGCGAUCGGCUGAAGAAGUCUUCGCAUGAGGAUCCGGCCGUGGCGCAUCACACGUUCUAUCAACACCUCCAGGAAGAUCUCGCCGACAACGAGUUUGAGCCCGGGGACGACGGCAGCGCGCUGGCGGAAUACGUCAACUACCAGGCUUUCCUGGCCAAUCUCACUGAUAUGACGCUGUACCUACCCAGGUCGUGCUUUGCUACGCGGCCCCUGCGCGACGCGUUCGCGGGGGACCACGGGGAGGGUGUGAGUGUUCAUGAGGCGUGGAUCAUGGGUGCGGCGAUGUGGAUUCUGUAUUGUGGUCAGGCUCUGUUCAAGCAGAUCUUGUACCCGGAGAAUGUGGACGACGGUGAGAUUACGGGGGAUGAGUGGCGCAGCUGGAAAGAGGGCUUUGAGAGGGUUGCGGAUGGGGAUGGGGAAGGGGUUGGGAGGGAGUGUCGGGGGCUGGCUGAGAGGGCGGCGGUUAUGAUGGAUGGGAUUGAACGAGGCAUGUCGUUUUGA